AUGGCGCCCAACAGGGAUGAGGACAAAGGGGGUUAUGAUGGCUACAUCCCCGACUUUGCCACUCUAACAGCGCAUGACGAGAACGAGCUAGAGGCUCUUAAGCUGGUUCGAGAGUACACCAACAUUCCUGUACCACAGCUCCUGCACCAAGGAAGAGGGUUCAACGUCUUUGAACGCAUCUACGGGGUGAUGGUCAACGAGAAGCCGAUCUGGGACCGCGUGAGCCCGCGCCAACGGGAAGCGAUCCGGCUCCAGGUCCAGGGGUACAUCUAG